AUGGUCACGACAAAGAAGGCGAAGGCACAAGGCUUGCGUUACCUUGCUGAAGAUCUUUGCGGCGUCGGGCUACAAGCUUCGCUGGCAUCCCUGGAUGCCGCUGUGGCAGCGGGAAGUGUUCCCAGCAAGCUGCUGGUUGAGCUGGAAUCCAAGCUCUCAACAUGUAUUAGUAUGAUCGAAAUGCAGCAGAAGACCUAG